AUAAAAAAAAAAUUUCGCGGUGAAUCUUGACAUAUUACAAAUAAGAACUCUGUCUGACAUAUAUAAAAAGUUAUGUUAAAAAUUGGUCAAGACAACUAUCACCUUUUUUGAGGAAACUGGCGACAAAGGAAUAUCCCCCCACUGACUGAUCGCAGUGAAACGCAUAACUCUCGUCUUUUUGCGCCCUGCAGCAAAAGAACGUGCUGGGUGCUGGGUGGAUAGUCGUGGAUACAUAACCUUUGAAAAAAAACAUGAAACUAGUUACGUGCUGCAGAACGCAGAUGAAAAACCAAUUUUAAAUUGAACUGGCAUACAUUUUCAGUCCGUUGAAAAUUUUUAAAAACCACCGAAAUGUCAUCAGAAUUCAUCGAAACACGAUGUGCUCGGUCGAAAAAGAAUAUGCACGAGAAUUUCGUGGCAGUAGAGUAUAUAACCUAUAAAAAAAAAGGUCGAGUGCCCAGAAGCGAAGAAACAGUGCGAAGCACGAAAAAUGAAGAAACGAAUGAAAACCGUAAUGAGGAAAUGGAUCCUCGGAAGAAACAAGAAUUAGAAAUGAAAAGAGCUCGUCACGAUGUGAUGAAAUUCAGUAUGUCGGGCUUGGGUAACGUAGAAGCUCGGAAAGCAAAAAUUGCCAAAGCCAUAGCUCUAGGAGCUCGACCUCCUAAAAAUCGUAGAUCUAAUUACAAGAGGAUGAAAGAAGAUAGAAAAGUAUUGAAGGAAAGGGCGAUAAAGAAGGAGCGGGCCUCAGGUGCCGACAAAAGUCUUAUCAAGCGAAAAUCCAGACGGAAACCAAGGCAAAAAGAAACCGGAAUUUUGGGAGUAUAUGGAAAAGUUGAUAAAACCGGUGCAAAAGCAUGAGCCAAUCUUGAGGAUGCAGAUCAGACUGAAUCAGAGUAACCGGACGCCAUAAUGGAAUGAUUCGGCAUCUGGUUGAACUGUGUUACGUGUAGGUGUGUGUUUUGGGGUAUGUUUGUGGAUGUGUUCCAUCGAUGAAUCCGCAGCACCAAACAAAGAGCAGCUCUGGGGUAAAUACUGACAACUGAUGACCAUCAAUCGUACGCUGCUGCCGUCGGUGCGACUUCCAGCAACAUUUGGAGAAAAACAUUAACUGCCUCUGUGAAAAGUGAAACAAAAUGAAGCGUUAUUCAAUAUACUUUGUGGCAGA